GACGCACAGUGCGCCCCGCAGACGCUCGGGCCGGUCGCCGCUGGGGAGAAGCUGCUCUGAUGCUCCAGAGCGGCCAUGGGCGCCCCGCACUGGUGGGACCAGCUACGGGCUGGCAGUUCGGAGGUGGAUUGGUGCGAGGACAACUAUACCAUCGUGCCUGCCAUCGCCGAGUUCUACAACACGAUCAGCAACGUCUUGUUUUUCAUUUUACCGCCCAUCUGCAUGUGCUUGUUCCGCCAGUAUGCAAUGUGCUUCAACAGUGGCAUCUACUUAAUAUGGACUCUCCUAGUUGUAGUGGGAAUUGGGUCUGUCUACUUCCAUGCAACUCUUAGUUUCCUGGGUCAGAUGCUUGAUGAACUUGCCAUCCUUUGGGUUCUGAUGUGUGCUUUGGCCAUGUGGUUUCCCAGGAGGUAUUUACCGAAGAUCUUUCGGAAUGACAGGGGCAGGUUCAAGGCAGUGGUGUGUGUCCUGUCUGCAGUUACAACAUGCCUGGCAUUUGUUAAGCCCGCCAUCAACAAUAUCUCUCUGAUGAUUCUGGGGGUUCCAUGCACUGCGCUGCUUGUUGCAGAGCUGAAAAGGUGCGACAAUGUGCGUGUGUUUAAACUGGGCCUCUUCUCAGGCCUCUGGUGGACUCUGGCUCUCUUCUGCUGGAUCAGCGACCGAGCCUUCUGUGAGCUGCUAUCUUCCUUUCACUUUCCCUAUCUGCACUGUGUGUGGCAUAUCCUCAUCUGCCUGGCCUCGUACCUGGGCUGUGUGUGUUUCGCCUACUUUGAUGCUGCCUCAGAGAUACCUGAACAAGGUCCAGUCAUCAGAUUCUGGCCCAGCGAGAAAUGGGCUUUUAUCGGUGUUCCCUACGUGUCUCUCCUAUGUGCCCACAAGAAGUCGCCAGUCAAGAUCACGUGACAGCAAGGCAGUGAUCGGCUUCUCUACUUCUAUGCGAGUGUGUGCUGGGCUUCGUUUGCUAGCAAAGACGGCCAAGGGGACUGAGGAAUUGGUGUGGUGUGGGUGUUUAAAAUUCUGCUCCUUUGUGAUCUAACUGGACCACUGUGCCUGACUUCCCCAGGCUGGGAAAUAGAGGGUUCAGGGACGUAAUGUAUCUUCUUCAGUGUCCUUUCCAGGCACACAGGCUUGCUGUGUUAUGUUCGUAAUGACAUGGACAGGGUAGUUGGGGAGACCUAGGGCAGCCCAAAGCUUCUUGCUGGAGAAGGUGGCUUAUGGUAGACCCACCCCAUCAUUCCCAGGCUCUCUCGUUACACCGGAGUCAGCCCCCUGAUAUACAAGACCUUCUGAUUUUGUGAUGGAAGGUUCCAGAACUUUUCAUUUUGCCAGGAGAAACUGUCCUUCAACAAAAUCAAGUGGGCAAAACACACGUGAGGGCUGUGGCUAAGGCGGGUGGCUCGUCACUCGCACCUCUUAGCUUUCUCAGGUUCUCCACGCCUUGUGGCUCCUUCUACCUCUCCUGAGAGAUGGCGCCUCGGCUUCAGAGGGCAAAGCCAGUAACACCCUCUAUGCCAAAAGCUACACUCCACUUUAAGCACACAUUAAAUAUUGACAUUAUUUCUGCUCUUCCAGAGUGCAGCAGCCUCAGACCCGCAGAGACUCCUUCUGGUGUGAAGAUUGCACACACAGCCCCCUCUGCUUGCCCCUUGACCUCUGUGAGAGCAAAGCCUCAUUGCAAUUACUGAGGCAGCUCUGGAGGUUUGAUUGUGGAGCUCAUGUGAAGCUUUAGGAAAGCUUUUCUUAUUGGAAGCUUUCAGUGUGUUGUUACCUCCAGGACUCUGACCCCAUUUCUCUGCUUUUUUUAGGGGAUGUGCGCUUCCUGAGGGAUGUAGCCUCCCUGGGAUGUGGACCUACAGGGGAACGUGGCCUCCUGGGGAUGUAGCCUCCCUGGGGUGUGGUUCUCCAGCUUUUGUUUUUAUAAUAACUGGUGCUAACUGGUUUCUCAGAGCACUUUGCUCUUUUUGAUGCUGGGCAGUCACUACACUGAUUGGCUAUCUGGGGGUGGGGGUGAGGGUGGGGGUCACAGGUAGAAAGGGGCAGCCUCUGACAUGAAUGUUUCUCACCUGAAUCAUACAGUCUUCACUGGGCUAUCUUCAGGAUAUGAAGUGGAAUGGGGUAUCUCAGGGAUGUUUGUAACUCAGGCACCUUCUGCUUUCUGACAUCCCAUUGUCAGGGGUGGGACAGCGCUCAGGGGAUUGGAGUUAGAACAUUGUUCUGAGAGGUGUCCUGAGUCUGAAGGAGCUAGCUGGUUCUGGCACGUCCAGGAACUCUUACUCUGUUUAGAGCCUUCACAGGGUCCAAAGUGGAAACUGGACUUAGAGUUUUUAAAUGAAUAGACCUUAAUCUGCUUUUGUGGCUUUGAAGUUUUAGAAGUAACUUGCUGGGCUAUUUCUUGUUUGUAGUCACAGAUAUUUAUAGACCACGAAUGUGUGAAAUAAGUUGUCUUUUAUUAAAUCUAUAUAGCACUUGCUAAAUCUCCCAGGUAGCAAACACACAGUCAUUUGAUUGGUGAUUUAUAAGGCAGAAAUAUUUGGUUUUGAAUGAUUGUGUAUGUUAAUUGGCUGUAGCUUAAAAUAUAUUUAAAACAAUUUUUGAGUUAAAUGUUUGUGGCAACCUAGGGGUUCACGGACCAGAACUGCUGCUGAAUCCUUUGGUUUUUGAGUUUAGAAUUUUUUUAGAGGGAGAUAGUCAAACUAUCCUUGUUUUCGGUUCAUCUUACCAGGCACAGGGGCUACUCUUAUACAUUCUAUACUAUAUAAAUGUCUUGAAGAUGGCUCCUGGCUGCCUUCGUCUGGAAGGGUUAUCUGGCUGGAGAGUUGGUUCAGCAGUCAAGAACACAUGUUGCUCUCCCAGAGGACCUGGAUUUGAUUCCCAGAAUGCUCAUGAAGCUCAGAGCCUGUAACUCCAGUCCCAGGGGAUCUGAUGCCCUCUUCUGACUUCCAAGUACACGGAGCAUGCAUGUGGUGCACAUAUACAUACAAGCAAGCAAAACAUUCAUACAUGUAAAGUAAUAAAUGAGUAUGUUAGUAAUGUGGCUGUAGGAAAAGGACUUAUUCCCUAGGGCCUCUGCUGACAUCCCUAGGUAUAGGGAUAAAAUAUUGAUGGAUGUGCUUGAACGUGAUUGUGUGAAAGGAACCGAGCACCUGACUGGAUUCAGUGGGCCACUUCUCCAGGUAUGUGCCAUCAUAGCUGGCAUGGGAGGGAGUGUGUUUGGGGGCAAACAGAACUCCCCCCCCCUUCCAUCUGAAAUAGAGCUUUGCUCUUUUUCAUGUCUCAGGCUGGCAUCAAUACUAUAUAGCCCAGGCUAGCCUCAAACUGAUGGUGAGACCCCAACUGCUAGGUAUAACUAUAGAAGUGAGGUACCACACCCAUCUUAAACAGCAAUCCCUACAGCUUGCUAGCAUGGGCCUGACUAAUCUAGGGAAUAGAUAUAUAUGAAUCUAAUUUUGAGCUGGGCUUUCGUCAUUGAUCACUUUUUUUUUUUUUUCAUUAAAGCUUUCCAUGUUCAAAGGAAAUUGGGACACUACAGAAAAGGAGCAGAAAAAUUACUCUACCUCUCUUGCCUUUGAGCAUCCAUGGCCAAUAUUUUGGCUUUGGGGUGUGUUUCCUUCCUAUUCUUUCUGCCCCACUGCAGCUACAAGGAGCUGUUAUUUAGGCCAUUUAUCCUUGAAUGGAAUACACACACCAGUGUUUUCAUGAGAGCUAGCCUUUUCUCCUAUGCCAAUGGCUGGGUUCUGAGCUCACCACUGGAGUUACCUUUCCCACAAAGGCUGACUUGAGAGGCUCCUAAGACAUGAACUGAGUUUGGCUUUGCGGUAUAACACCUCACAUUUGGAUCUCUGAGUCGCAGUGAACAGCUGUUAAAGCUCUGAUUUCAUGGAUUCUAUUGUGUUGAGAGCGGUAACGGCAAGUGGAGCCCACUUACUGAUGCGCGCUCCUGAAUCUGCUCCCGCCCAGUAGAGAUGACAUUGAUGAGUGAUGUCAUAGCCACUGUUCUAAGUCUGCCUGACAUCUCAGGACAGAGGAAGCCAUGAAUGUUACCAAGUGGUCAUGUCUGUCAGUGAUUUCACAGUUUUGAUCCAUUGUUGAUUUUUAGGAGAAGAAUUCUCCCUUUAGUGCCUGGGCGAUGCCAAAGCCAGCUCCUCAGAAGUGUCCCUUCUGUCUGCUUCCAUUUGUAAUGUGAUCCACAUGGGGGAAAUGGGUGUCUAUAUGGUGAAAAGUGCCUACACCAGUCACGGGUCAACAGUGUUGUGUUGAGGAUCAACCAUGGCUCUGUAAAAAUACUGCCACCCAUUCUAUUGGUUGGAUUUCUCAGGUGUCUGAAUCUUCCUCUUCUCCCAACCACCUCCCAGAGCCAGCACUGGGAUUGAACCUUCCCUGGCUCUCUUUUCCCCUCAGGUCUGACAACUAAGAGUCUCCGGGGACAGCCAACUAGGGCCUCCCCCAGCUCCUUUCUCCAGCUGAACUUGGGUUCUUCCAACCAGGAUUUGACCUGGGUGCUGUUGGUCCCUCUGGCCAAUGACACAUCUUUGGCCAGAUUGGGAUUCUCAAUAGAUGUUAUAGACAUUAUUCUUCCACAGACUUUAAAACAUGGCGUGUGUCUUUUCCUACACAUCAAGUCAGAUUUAAAACUAUUUUAUAACCACAAUCAUUAAACCACGCAAAGAGGGUAUUUUUAGAUAUACACUGUGCUUUAUACUUUACAUAGAAUGUGGUAUGUACAGGUGGUUUGUACCGUGGCCGAAGUAACAUUAAUCAUAGCUCUGGGGAGAUUUACAGACCUUUUGCACUUUAUGCUUUUUAUGAACUCUGUUAACCAUGGUCAAUAUUAAAGCCAUCAAGUGGCAUUUUCUGUGCAUAAACAU